AUGCCACGAAAACGAACCGCAGAUGUGGCCGAGCUGGAUUCCUCGCUCGAGCCCACCGCCGCCGUCCCCGCCGAGGAGCAGGCCGUCUUGACUCGACUGCGCAACAUGUGGGAGUUUGCAAGUCUGAUGCAGUACAUCUUCCUGUUUGGGCACGUGGUCAAAAUUGACGAAGAUUUGGAUAUCGAGGACCUCGAAGCCGAGUGCGUGAAGAGCGAACCGUCAGAGCGACUAGCCAGCAUUGGCCUACAGCUUCYCAAAUAUGUUUCGUCCCAUCGCGGCCUCACCCCACAGAUCUUCGAUGAGUACACGCGCCGACAAUACGUCGCCAAGGCCCCACGGCGCAAUCCCUUUGGGGAAGACGAGGAGCCUCUAUCAUUCAACAGCCUCGACAUAUACACGCGCAUCCGUGUUUUGCAGCAGCUAAGCACAUGGACGUUUGGCAACGCCGAUCGUAUCCGCGGUUUAAUGCCUGAGGACGAAGACCAUCUCUCAUGGCGGAUGGAGCCCCUGGGCUGGGACAAAGAGGACCGUGCCUAUUUUGUACUGGACGACAACCGCCUGUAUCGUCGAUCGGAUGAACGCGUUGCGCCACUCACGCCUAUACAAAAGCCAAAAGCGAAGCCGAAGAGCAAAGCUAAAGCGAAGCCUAAGCCACCAAGGAGUCGAGGCACUCGCUCGAGCAAGCGUCGAAAGGUGGAUCAAAGCGAGGAGGAAGAGCAAGAAGAAGAGCCCGAGGUCGAUGAGAACGCUGUCGACGACACAGUAAUGACCAAUGUUGACGAAACGAAAGUUGCAGUGGAAGAGGAGGCGGAGGAGGAGGGCUAUGGCUUUACUAGCAAGACGUGGGAGUUGAUUGCCAUCACCUUGGAUGACUAUCAGGAGUUCCUGUCCAGCAUCUUUCGAUCACGGGACCCUAACGAGAAGCUGUUGCGCGCCCGCCUCGAAGAAGACGUGCUUCCAAUCAUCGAGAAACGUGCGGAAGCUAUACGACAGAAGCAACUGAAGAAGCUACGGGAACUUGAAAACGUACAGAAGUUAGCGACGGCCAAACGAUCGAGCAGAUUGGCAGGCAAAGCCGAGAAGGAGGCACAAGAGCGAGAGGAGCGCGAAGCCGAGGAGAAGAAACAGGCAGACCUGAGAAUGGCCCGGGAGGAGCAGGCCAGGCAGCUGCGCAUUGAGGAGGGCCACGAAUCGCGCAGACUUACGCGGGAGCAGCGAGUCCGCGAAAGGGAGGCAAAGCGCAUCCUACACGAAGAGGAGCUCGCCAGGCUGGAAGACGAUCCCGAGCGUGCUACUUCGCAGGGCGCGGACGGCGAUGCAGCUGCAGACGCGAAGCGGAUUUCAGAACGACAGCGCCUGACGCAAAAGGAGCAGCACAAGAAAGAGCUCGAAAAGCUGGAAGAAGAGGAUGGCAAUUGGACCUUCGACUGCUCCGUCUGCGGAGUACACGGCGAAAAUCUCGACGAUGGCAGCCAUAGCGUGGCUUGCGACAAGUGCAAUGUCUGGCAACAUAGCAUGUGCAACGGCUUUACGCCCAAGCAAGCCGAAAAGCCGGGUUUUACAUUUGUGUGCAACACAUGCAAGCGUAAAGAGGAAGACGCGAAGAAGCCCAAGAUUCCCCCACUCAAGCUUGUCAACCACGGCAGUGGUAGUCCGGAGUCUUCGAAGAGCCGGCCGGUGACUGCGACUGGCCAGCACAGCAAUGGUCUGCUCGCCCACGUCAACCGACAGCUUGAUCCUCAAAGUCCCUCUACUGGUCCGCGACCAAGCUCCGGCACGUUCGGCCAAAUCGCAAAUGGUCCCAGCCUGUCACCUCAAGGGCAGGCCCAGGGUCCGCCCGGUUAUCGCUAUCCGCCCGUGGGCAACUUUGCACCGCAUCCUGCGCCGCCCCAGGAGGCGUGGCGAAGAAGUCCCUUGCCUCCACCUGAGCGAAGGCCAUCUGCAUACACAAAUUCAUCGCCUCCGAUUCCCGCCGGCUAUCCACCGGUACAGCAUCAACAGCAACACCAGCACGCUCACCAAGGAGCGGUUUCCUCAGCAGGCCAUCCGGUAUAUCACCCGCAGCAGCAGUACGCUACGCAGCACUAUCCAACGAAUGGACAUGCACAGCAGCCACCGCAUGGGGCCUAUGCUCCUCAUCAGCAGUACCACACGCCGCAGCCACAUCCACAGUCGCAGUCAGCACAGCAGCAUCUUCAGCAGCCCCAGCACGGACACGCGCAUGGACAGCAUGUCUGGAGUCAACAGCAGGGACCGCCACCUCAGAGCCAAGGCGCCGGCCAGCUAUUAAAUGGUUUCCAGAGCCCGACCAAAUCUGCACCGACGCCAGUCUCCGCUUCGCCACCGCCACAGCACGCGCAGGCACACGCAGGCCCGCAGCAUCAGUCUGGACAACUACAGACGAGCCCAAAGACUGUACUACCACCUCCUGCAAACAUGUCUCAGCAGAGAGCACCACAAUCACCUGUGAAAUCCUCCCCACCACCUCACGUCUACCAAACGCGACCCUCUCCACAUCUCAUGCAGACGCCUCAGAAUCUGCCAACGCUUUCGUCCAACGGUCGUCAUCACCAAACGCAUACCCCACAGAUGCGUCCAGGCAGUAGAGAUGGGCCGAAUCACACCAGUGAGGUGGCUGCGGAUGGUAUGAGCGGUCCAUGGCCAGUAAGCAGCACCGCCAUCCCACAGAAGCAUGAUCAAAGUCCCGCACCGCCAAGCUCUGCGCAUGUACUUGGCGAGCGGAAGAUCUUCCCACCAGCGACGCCGCUAGCUCCAAGUCCAGGCCAGCAGUCUGGCAACGUCAUUCCGGUGAAGAAGUUGCAGGAGAUGUCGCCUGCGGCUCUUAAUGGUCCGGUGACGACGACACUUCAGGAGCAGCCCCCAUUGCGCAGGAAUCAAGCGCUCGGGCCGGAGCCGCCUGGUGCACCGGUUCCUGCGCCCGCAAAACUGCCAUCGAAGAUGCAGGCAUCGAAAGAUUAG